UUUUUCAUAAACUGUUGAUUUUUCAUUAGCAAUAGGAAAGCUUGCUGCAUUGAGUUUUAAAGGACAAAUAUUUUUAUUUCAUAUCCUCCUAAGAACACCUCAGUGUCAGUCAGCCCCUCUGGUUCAGUGUUAGAGGGCAGCUCUGUGACUCUGACCUGCAGCAGUAAUGCCAACCCAGCAGUGCAGAACUACACCUGGUAUAAAGUGAAUGGGACAGAGAUGCACACUGUAGGAACUGCACAGAAUCUCACCUUCAAUGUGACUGAGUUCAGUGGCAGUGAACAGUACUACUGUGAAGCACAGAAUGAACAUGGCAAGGAGAACUCAACAACUGUACAGCUGAAUGUGAUAUACAUGCCUCAGAUCUCUGGCUCUGGGAGCUGCAGCAGAACUGCAGCAGAGAUCAGCUGCUCCUGUGAGAGCCGUGGGAAUCCCUCUCCCAGCAUGGAGUGGCGUGUGUCUGGACUGCGGGUCACUAACUCUACUGAGAGAGUCAUCAGGGAGGAGCAGCUGGGGAACACAGGCCUGAGGAGCUCCCUCACCAUGCGCCAAUCACAGGGAGACACGCCCACUCUCCUCUGCAUCAGCACCAACACUCUCGGCAACUCCAGCCUCCAGCUCCACCUCCCGUCUCCACAGCAACACUCAGGUUUUGGCAUUACCUCACUGCUGAUUGGUGCAGGUGCCAGUGCUGGUGCCAUGAUGAUGAUAUGCUUCAUAAUGCAGCUCAUUCUAAAGUAAGAGA